UUGAAGCAAUCAAUGGAGAUGGGACAGGAGAAGUAUUCAAAGUCUACAGUCUAUUGUUUCGGAAAACAUAGAAAAACCUAUGUCCCAGAGAAUUUAGGUAACUAACCUCCAAACUGGUCAGGCUUGUUUUAAUGUUAGCCUAGCUCACCUUACAAAUUUACAGCGAGAACUUGAAGGAUUCCACUUGUAAUUUACCAUCUCAGAAAUUGGAGCUCCCCUAUGAUCAACUUCCACAGUGCUAAAGGUAGAAGCUUUGAAUCUCGCUGAACAUCAGGCUGCUCAAAGUGGAUAUGUCGCCAGUACCUUACCAAGUACAAAUAGACCCUGCUGAAGGAUCAUUCUCAGCACAGAUUUGGCUCAGUCUCAUUAUCGCAAGUCAGCAAAGCAACAUUACCAGGCCAGCUUCUGCACAUCUGUUCUCUUCUCUGCACGCUAUUUGAAAAAUGGAAUUUCCAGUUAUUGUUGAUGCCAAGUACUGCUCGCCCUCGGAGGUGAAACUCACAGUUGCCAAGAAAGUAUUGGAAUGCAACAAUGGUAACUUUGUCAUCACUGAUUCUGAGGGUCACACCCUUUUCAAGCUGGAUCAGAAGAAGGUCUUCCUACGAGAACUGACAGUUUUGCGCGAUGAUGGUGACUGCCCUGUGGUCAGCAUUCACAAAAAGAAAAUUUCUCUUCAUGACACGUACCAAGUAUACGAAGGAGAGAGUUCCAAAGAACUGUUCACUGUUUGGGACAAAAACAUGAGGGACACCGCAGAAUUGACAUACGAGAUUCAACUCGAAGCUGAUUCAGAACCUACAUUCCAAGUGAAGGGGGAUUUCGUCCGUCGCAACUAUGAAAUCAUUUUCAAAGAAUCGUCAAUUGCCGCGGAGGUUGCCAAGAAGCAUUUUUCCCUGACCUCUAUGAUCACGGGUAAGAGCAAUUAUGGAGUACUUGUCAGUCCCAACGUUGAUCAGGCAUUCGUCUCUGCCGUGGUUACGAUCAUGGAAGCUAUCCACAACGAGAACAAGGAGAAACAUAGUGGCAAGCACUCAGAUUGAUUCAAAGAGCACUUUCCCAAGCUGUCUGUCAGAGAACAGGAUCGUUUUUCUCGGAUAUCGACAUACCAAGUCCAUUAUGAAUAGAGAAAACUUGUUUUGCAAAAGAUGAUGUUUCUCCAGAUGCGAAAAGCAGAUUAAGCUGACCAUUUGGGUCUUUGCUCAUUUCGAAGUAUUGAAUAAACUGAAAUUUUGAGAAGUUUGA